ACGCUGGAAACUAAUCGUAGUCGGACAUGGCGGCGAUCAGCUGUUUUGGUUGUGUUUGUAAUCAAUAACAUAGCAAACCCAUAGUCGUGUCUAAGUUUAGUUAUUUGAAUAUUGUAAUUCUGAUUCAGUAUCGCCGUAUGGUGAAUAUUCGUAACAGGUGAAUUGUUGUAAGAAUUGGAAACGAUGUCGGCACAACUUCAAAAACACCACCAGUUCACAGGAUUGAUAGAUGUGUACAUGAAAAAUAUACUUGAAUCAGGUGUGCUUCUGGAUGAGGAUCUGGAAAUUCUUCUCGGUACAUACAAGGUGAAUAAUAAUAAUCCUCCAAUAAAAAAUGUCAAGACUUCUCUCAACCUCACGGCAUCUGUGAUAUCGCUUUUAUUUUCUUUAACACUGGUUAAAAAGCUACAGACCAAACUGAUUGUUAUUCCUUCUAUUCUGUUCACAAUAACAACUGCCGCAUUAGAGUUGAAAGGCGCUAGAGAUGAGAAGAAUCGACUCAACCUUAUGAAUGAUUUGGUGAAUAUGAUGAAAAAAAAUCACUCCCUAGAUGUUAGUAUUAUACGGUAUAUGAAAACGAGAUUAGAAGUUGAACGAAAAUGCCCAUCGAAAUUCCACAGUAGAGAAAUUCAUGAUUUUUUCGAAGUGGCCAGUCAAGAUGAAAGAAACUACUUUCACUUCUUCAUGAAUACUUUUGGGGUGCUCGCUACAUUUUCCGAUGAUCUCACUGAAGAUUUCAAUAAUAUCAAAGACUUUUGUACUCUAUAUUCGGAAGAACACGAUUCAAUAGACUUGGAAAAAUGUUUAGAUUUGGCUUCGAAGGUACAAGAUCUUCACAUUUGGCUGUCCUCCAAGUUACUCAGCUAUUUUGGUGUAAUAUUUUGUUCGAUCUCCCAAAACUUGAAUGAAUAUUCUUUGAAAAAGUUACUGAACGUAGAACUUCCCAAAAUCUUGAACUAUCUUCAACGUCACUACGAAGCUAGAAAGAAAUCGUUUCAUAUUUUCCGUUGUUCUGUUGAUAAGUGGACAGAUUAUAAGUCGCAGAAGAGGAAAAAACCAGAAAAUAUGAUCUCAUCCAAACUUCAUAAUACACUAGAAUCCGUCAUUGAUAAUUUAUCUAUAAUUUCAGAGAAGUCAUUGAAUAUUCUGGAAAUGAUAGAGUCAAAUUCAAGAGAUAAUACUGUCGAUAUCAAUAUGAUUUUACUAGAUUUGAGGAAUCAUACCUUCAGUGCCUAUGAGUCACUUGAUCUUCUUUGUAGGUUAUACGGAAUACUGUCCAAUAAAAAUGACGAAAAUUUCCUCACAAAGAAACAUAUUCCUAUCGAGCAAGAUGAAACUCUGACCAGAACUCUACCACAAAUCAAUCAUGACGAUUGGACAGAGCCUCUAGAAGAGAACUUUGAACUGUAUCUUAUUGACGAAGAUAUUCCGGAGGUGCACCCAAAAGAGGUACCUGAGGACCAGUCUGGAGCUUAUUUGAAUUUGAUGCUUCAAGAGUUGAAACAAUCACUCAAACAACAUGAAAGGUUUAUCGAAGCCAAGAAAAAAAGAGGUAGUCAAGAUGAUGACGAUGAAAUCGACAAACGACCGAAAUCACCACCUCGUUUUGAUUUGACAAUGUUGAAUAACAGGAAAGAAAUCUGCGCUGUUGAAGAGAACGAUGGUGCUGAGGAAAGGGUGGAAGCGAUUGGUGUUCCACUUCCUAAUAAACCAACGCCCCUUCCACCGCCAUUGCCAAUGUUUGAUUUAGGAGAUUUGGAAGAAGAAUCAUAUGGUAGGUAUAAUUCUAAAACUAUGUUGGAUAAUAUCAAAGCUCUCUCUGGACAAUUGGGUAGACAAGAAGAAGUGUUCAGUAUAUCGGAAUAAAGUCCACAAGGUCAAAAAUGAUACCGAAUGUUCCUGGAAGAUGAAGAUUUUUGUGCCUCCUUUAUAUAUACUGAUAAUUUGCUGUUUGACUAAUAAAUGCAUUUUAUUUUA